UUUUUAAUGUUAUUUCAAAGACCAUUUCGAUCAAGAGUUAUUAGUUAGUCAAGCUCAAGUCACAAUGAAUAACAAAAGAUUUUUGCAUUGACCCGAAGUUGCUCUUCUUGUUCACUCUCUGAUCUAGUCUUAACUCCUCCAACUACAAUUCCAUGGCGGUGUCUCUUCUUCUCUGGACUCUCUUCCUCUUCUCAUUUAUCUUCUCCCUCCAAUCACACAGCAAAGAAGAAGAAGAAGACACACCAAUCACACGAUUCCAGCAAUACUUAAGAUUCAACACCGCUCAUCCAAACCCUAACUACACCGCACCAAUCUCUUUUCUUCUUGAUCAAGCAAGAUCAAUUGGUCUUACUUCUCGAACCAUCGAGUUUGUUCCUGGUAAGCCAGUUCUUCUCCUCACAUGGCUAGGCUCAAACCUUAACCUUUCUUCAAUUCUCUUCAACUCUCAUCUCGAUUCUGUUCCCGCGGAAUCCGAGAAGUGGAUACAUCCACCAUUCUCAGCUCACCGAACCAUCGAUGGUCAUAUCUACGCUCGCGGCGCGCAAGAUGACAAGUGUAUAGGAGUUCAGUAUCUAGAAGCAAUCAGGAACUUGAAAUCAAGAAGCUUCUCUCCUCUUCGUACGAUCCAUAUCUCUUACGUACCUGAAGAAGAGAUCGGUGGAUUCGGUGGGAUGAUGAAAUUCGCGGCGUCUUCGGAGUUUAAAGAUUUGAAUUUGGGAUUUGUUAUGGAUGAAGGACAAGCGAGUCCCGGAGAUGAGUUCAGGGUGUUUUACGCUGAACGAACUCCUUGGCAUCUCGCUAUCCGAGCUAAUGGUAUGCCAGGUCAUGGUGCUAAGCUUUAUGAUAAUUCAGCUAUGGAGAAUUUGAUGAAGAGUGUUGAGUUGAUUUCUAGGUUUAGAGAGUCACAGUUUGAUUUUGUUAAAGCUGGUAAAGCUGCGAAUUCGGAGGUUAUCUCUGUGAAUCCAGUUUAUCUUAAAGCUGGAACUCCCUCCACUACUGGAUUUGUGAUGAACAUGCAACCUUCAGAAGCAGAAGUUGGGUAUGAUCUAAGAUUGCCUCCAAUGGCAGAUCCAGUUGCUUUGAAGAAAAGGAUUGCUGAGGAAUGGGCUCCUUCUAUUAGGAACAUGACCUACACGCUAAAACAACAAGGAAAGUUAACAGACCAUUUAGGGCGACCUAUAAUGACUACAACAAAUGAUACCAAUCCUUGGUGGUCUAUCUUCAAGCAAGCUGUUGAAGCAACUGGAGGAAAACUCGCAAAGCCUGAAAUAUUGAUUUCAACUACAGAUUCACGCUUUAUUCGCACUUUAGGAAUACCAGUUCUAGGUUUCUCUCCAAUGAUCAAUACACCUAUUUUAGUGCAUGACCAUAACGAGUUCCUUAAAGAUACCGUGUUCAUGAAAGGAAUAGGAGUAUAUGAAUCAGUUAUCAGCGCUCUAAGUUCCUUUGAGGCUGCUUGAAGAUGGUCAAGGCUCACAUUUGAUUUGACCAAGAUGUGUAAUAGAUGUUUUCAUAAGUAUUUUUAUUGACAUAUACUCUAGCCUUAAGACCUUAAAUGGCUGCUAAUAACUCUUUGUAAAUGUCAAAUAUUUGAUUUGUGCAGAAUUCUCAAACUUUGAAAAGAAAGGUCAUUGGUGAUGGAAGCAUGAUUUCACUAUCUUCUGAUCUUUCGGCUCCCAAGACUUAUUGUUACAUAUCCCUUGCAAUUGCAAAAGAGCUUGGUUCUAUACUAAUAUAGUACUACCUAGAUAUUAACCCGCGGUAUACUUCGGGUAGGCUUAUAUUUUAAUUAAACUAAAAACGUUUUUUGUAAAGAUGAUUUGUAAAUAUAUGAUAUUAUUUUAUUUGAUUUUAAAUGUAUAGUACACUGC